AUGUUACGUGACCAAUCACGAUACUCAGCGUUGCCGGAAACGAGCUUCUUUCUUCCGGUUGGAAAUAUGGCGGCCCACAGAAUUCGGCGGUUGCUGUGCAACUGCCGGCAGCUACACAGCGAAGCCUUGGCGCCGGCGACUACGACUACGACCGCGCCGCCCUCUCUGUACCCGCCGGUGGUGUUCUCAAUCACGGCCAAGAGCCAGGCGGCCCAGCGGCGGCGACGCGAGCGGCUCUACCAGGAAGUGCACGACGCGCCCUCUUUGGAGGAGAAGCUGCGGAUCUUCGGGAGGAACCAGCGCCUCAAGUACGUGGUCUACCCGCAGACGUGGGCCCUCAACGCCGACCGCUGGUACCAGGAUUUCACCAAGACGGUCUUCGUGCCGGGGCUGCCGGCCCAGGAGGAAACUGGCGGGGAAGCAAGCCGCGUGGACCUGUCCGAGCUGCGCUCCGUGGUGUGCGACGUGCUGCUCCAAGAGCUGUUCUACCAGCGCAAGCGGACGCCCUAUCUCUUCCGCGCCAUCGACCAGGGGCCGGCGCCCUUUCUCACCCAUCUGGUGCCUGCCCUCACCGCCUACCUGGCCAGCCACAACCCGGUCCUCGUUUCCUCCUCCAUUGAUUUUAAACCGGACGUAAAUUUCUAUUGGCUGCGUGGUGAGACAGUAGUUCCCCGUGGACAUCGGAAGGGAAGAAUUGAUCCACUGAGAUUUCAAAUAGAUGAUAAACCUCACUGUCAACUUCGGAUACCAAAGCAGCUUUCUGAGUUUGUCCCUCUGGACUAUGUGGCUCCUGAGGAGAUUCCUGUUUUCAAAGUUUUACCUGACAAACUUCCAUUGUUUAAAAGGCAAUAUGACAACAAAAUAUUUAUAGGUUCAAAGGUAGCGGAUCCCUGCCUGUAUGGCCAUACGCAAUUUCAUUUGCUUCCUAGCAGACUGAAAAGAGAGAGGCUGAUAAGAUUAGGCCUCACUGAUCAGACUGAAGUCGUCUACCGUGCCAAUGGAAUUGCAAGUCUUUUUGCCUGGACUGGAGCGCAAGCAAUGUACCAGGGAUUCUGGAGUGAGGCAGAUGUGACCCGGCCCUUUGUAUCGCAGGCUGUGAUUACUGACGGAAGAUAUUUUGCCUUCUUUUGUUACCAGUUGAAUACCUUGGCUUUAACUGUUGAUGCUGAUAAAAAUAACCCCAGGAAAAAUAUUUGCUGGGGAACUGAGAGUAAGCCCCUGUACCAAGCAAUAGAAGACAAUGAUGUGAAAGGGUUUGAUGACGAAGUUCUGCUUCAAUUGGUCAAUUUUUUUCUACACAGACCAAAAUAAUUUUAACUCUAAAUUCAGAUAAUGAGAACAAUCUCAAAUGCUGAAGCAACCCCCAUUGUGAAAAACGUUGUCUGGACUACAGUCAUACAUUGCUUUUCAGGAUGAAAAGGGGUUAUAGAAGAACUUUGCUGGUGCUGUUGAUUGCCGAAUUUGUCUGUGUGUAUGUACCUAUCUAUAUAGCUGCUUAAAUGAAAUAUGAAAAGUA